CUGUGGCAGCUGUUGCAAAAAAAGGCGGUCGAGUAAAAAUAAACCUUGAAAACUCUUUUAAUGUCUAAAUGCGUACAAGUUUAAGGCAUUAAAUAACGCCAUGAACAACACCAAAGUGCCCCCCGAAUGGAAGAGGCGUGUCAAGUCGGAAUAUAUCAAAAUCAGGCAGCAGAAGCGGUACAAACGCGCCGACGAGAUCAAGGAGGCGUGGAUAAAGAACUGGGACGAGCACAACCACAAUGUGCAGGAUCUGUAUUGCGAAUCGAAAGUUUGGCAGGCUAAACCUUACGAUCCGCCACAUGUUGACUGUGUGAAGCGAGCGGAAGUGACCAGCUACAAUGGCAUUCCUAGUGGUCCGCAAAAAGUUCCCAUUUGCGUGAUUAACGCAGUGACUCCUAUACCCACAAUGUACACAUGGGCGCCCACUCAGCAGAACUUCAUGGUCGAGGACGAGACGGUUCUGCAUAAUAUUCCCUACAUGGGCGACGAGGUCCUCGAUAAGGACGGCAAGUUCAUCGAGGAACUGAUCAAGAACUACGAUGGCAAGGUUCAUGGGGACAAGGAUCCCUCGUUCAUGGAUGAUGCAAUUUUUGUGGAACUGGUUCAUGCCCUAAUGCGUUCCCACAGCAAAGAAUUGGAGGAAUCCACCCCAGGUACCUCGACUUCUGUUAAGACAGAGACAACUACAAAAGCUAAGGAAGACGAUGAUAAUGGAGAAGAGGAUGCGGAUCGAGAAACUCUCAAAAAACUGGUGAAAACCGAGAGCAAAACAGAUCUUUCUGAGGAGGAGAAGAAGGAAAAGGAGGAACUGGAGGGAGCUGAAGGCGCCGAUAUCAAACCCGUCGUGCCAGAAGUCAAGGACAAGCUGCCCUUUCCGGCUCCUAUUAUUUUUCAGGCCAUCAGUGCCAAUUUCCCAGACAAAGGCACUGCCCAAGAGCUUAAAGAGAAGUACAUUGAGCUGACCGAGCACCAGGAUCCGGAGCGUCCCCAGGAGUGCACGCCCAACAUAGAUGGCAUCAAGGCCGAGAGUGUUUCCCGCGAAAGGACCAUGCACUCCUUCCACACGCUGUUCUGUCGGCGUUGUUUCAAAUAUGAUUGCUUCCUACACCGUCACCAUGUGCAGGGCUUGCAGGGACAUGCAGGUCCCAAUCUGCAGAAGCGUCGCUAUCCGGAGCUCAAGACUUUUGCCGAACCCUGCGGCAACUCUUGCUACAUGUUGAUUGAUGGCAUGAAAGAAAAGCUAGCAGCUGAUAGCAAAACACCACCUAUAGAUUCCUGCAACGAAGCCAGCUCGGAGGACAGUAACGACAGCAAUAGUCAGUUUAGCAACAAGGACUUUAGCCACGAGAACAGCAAGGAUAAUGGACUGACUGUAAAUAGCGCUGCUGUGGCCGAGAUCAACUCAAUUAUGGCUGGCAUGAUGAACAUAACCAGUACGCAGUGCGUCUGGACUGGCGCUGAUCAAGCUCUCUAUCGUGUUUUGCACAAAGUUUAUUUAAAGAACUACUGCGCGAUUGCCCACAACAUGCUAACAAAGACCUGCCGUCAAGUAUAUGAGUUUGCUCAGAAGGAAGAUGCCGAGUUUAGUUUCGAGGAUCUGCGCCAAGAUUUCACGCCACCGCGCAAGAAGAAGAAGAAGCAACGUCUGUGGUCGCUCCACUGCCGAAAGAUUCAACUGAAGAAGGAUUCGUCUUCGAACCAUGUUUACAAUUACACGCCGUGCGACCAUCCAGGACAUCCCUGCGAUAUGAAUUGUUCCUGCAUCCAGACGCAAAACUUUUGUGAGAAGUUCUGCAACUGCAGCAGCGAUUGCCAAAAUCGCUUUCCAGGAUGCCGCUGCAAGGCGCAGUGCAAUACGAAGCAAUGCCCAUGUUACCUGGCGGUUCGCGAGUGCGAUCCUGAUCUUUGCCAGGCUUGUGGAGCGGAUCAGUUUAAGCUGACAAAGAUCACGUGCAAGAAUGUGUGCGUGCAGCGGGGACUGCACAAACAUUUGCUUAUGGCACCCUCUGACAUUGCCGGCUGGGGAAUCUUCCUUAAGGAGGGCGCCCAAAAGAAUGAGUUUAUCUCGGAAUAUUGUGGAGAAAUAAUUUCUCAAGACGAAGCCGAUCGCCGCGGCAAAGUGUAUGACAAGUACAUGUGCUCGUUCCUUUUUAAUCUGAACAAUGAUUUCGUUGUGGACGCCACCCGAAAGGGCAACAAGAUCAGAUUUGCUAACCAUUCCAUUAAUCCCAACUGUUAUGCCAAGGUGAUGAUGGUCACCGGCGAUCAUCGUAUCGGAAUCUUUGCCAAGCGGGCCAUUCAACCCGGCGAAGAGCUCUUCUUUGACUACAGAUACGGACCCACAGAACAAUUAAAGUUCGUGGGCAUUGAGCGUGAGAUGGAAAUUGUUUAAUAAAAAGACUACUUAUGAAUCUAUUAUCAUAAAAAGCGAAUAAAACUAUAUUUUUAAAACACA